GUUUAAAUUAAUUAGUAGUUAUCUAUUCUUCAUGAGUGAAAUAUGUAAGAUAAGACUUCUAUGAAUGUGAGAACAAGUGAAAAUGACAAAUUUCCAGUCUGUAUCUGUUCAAACCUGGACAAGCUUCAACAGACUACAUACAGAUACUAAUUUAAAAGCUGUAAACUGGUUCCUUCAACAACAACAGCAUAAUGAACUACAACCCCAUAAUAUUCUGGUGGAUUAUGGUUGUGGAACUGGAGAGACAGCUUCUAUUCUUGGAGGUUUACAUUUAUUCGGACCUUGCCAGUAUAUAGGGCUGGACAUAAACCUGGACUUUAUUCAACACGCUACUAUCAACUAUAGAAGUCUAAACAACGUGAUGUAUUUCUGGAAUAAACAUCUGGAGGAUUUCAAGUUUCUGCAGGGGAAAGUGUCGAUAGUUACAUGCUUUACUGUUCUACAUCUUCUUAAUACAGUAGAGAAGAAUCAGGUUUUGGAUUUCUUGAAUAGUAUUGUGGAGAAGAAUGGAAAAGUUCUGGUUCUUCACUACCUCGGCAGAACACAAGAAUGCUUCCAGGCCUACCUGGAAGUAUUUUUGCAGCUUCAAAGAAAGGUUUACUGGAAUCCCUAUCUAAAAUCUCAUCAUAAAAGUGAGGAGAGAGUAGAACUAGAGAAAGAAGGAAGAGAAUCAGAACUUAUUCAAACCUUUAAGAAACACGGUUUUAGACUUGUUCAAAAUCAGCCACUUCGUUCCAAUCUUGUACUUAACCAAACAAACAUACAGAUGAUUUUGAACAGCGAUCGUUUGCGCCAUGAUGAGUUUGGAGAAGCGUAUAAUAGAGUUCCGGCAAACGAAAGAUCAAACUUAGCUGAGGAUAUAUGUGCUCUGAUGAACCAAUUCAACAUUCAGAAUAACUCUCAUUUUAUGAUGAUGAUUUUUCAGAAAAUGUGAUGUUCAAAAUUUCAAUGAAAAAUUUAACUUUUAUCCUUGAGUAAAAAUGUUGUCAAUAAAACACUCCAAUUAUCCAAUUCAUGAACAUUCAUAAACAAUAAGUAUAUUAGUGUAAUAUGUAAUACAAUUCGUUACCAAU